UUACUAUUGCUGCAAAGAACGACCACACAAAAGAAAAAUAGUAGUUUUCUAUACGAAUCGACGCCCAACCCAGCCCAAAAAAAUAGCGAAAACUAAACAAAUAUAUCUGCCGAUUUCAAUUUAGAUCAGUUAAAUCGCGUAAAAAAUAACUCUUACGGCAUGCAAACCAUCAAGUGCGUGGUAGUUGGCGAUGGAGCCGUGGGCAAGACCUGUCUGCUUAUAUCGUACACAACCAACAAAUUUCCAUCAGAGUAUGUGCCAACUGUAUUUGACAAUUAUGCGGUGACCGUUAUGAUCGGCGGUGAGCCGUAUACGCUGGGACUCUUCGAUACCGCCGGCCAGGAGGAUUACGAUCGAUUGCGUCCACUGUCAUAUCCACAAACGGACGUCUUUCUUGUCUGCUUCUCGGUGGUCAGUCCCAGUUCCUUUGAGAAUGUCAAAGAGAAGUGGGUGCCCGAGAUAACGCACCAUUGUCAAAAGACGCCGUUCCUGCUGGUUGGCACACAAAUCGAUUUGCGCGACGAGACGAGCACGUUGGAAAAACUGGCCAAGAACAAACAAAAGCCAAUCACAUCCGAGCAGGGCGAGAAGCUGGCCAAGGAGCUGAAGGCAGUCAAAUAUGUUGAAUGCUCGGCCCUCACGCAGAAGGGACUGAAGAAUGUAUUCGAUGAGGCAAUUCUGGCCGCCUUAGAGCCGCCAGAGCCGACCAAGCGGAGGAAAUGCAGGUUCCUCUAAUUUCUUUUGUAUCCAUUCGUUGUUUGUGUGUAUUUUUUUUAAAUGGUUUUUUUUUCGGUUGCUUCCCUUUUUUUCUCUGCUUC